AUGCUCUUGAAUGUCGCGUUGCUGUUACAUGUCGCGGGAGCCGUAGCAGCAGCGAAUCCGCCACGGCCCUUUUCACUCCCGUCAAGCAACAACUCAGGCCGAGCUGCCGCAAUCGAAAAGACGCGUCAAGGUUUCCAGUACGGAGUGGAUGAUACUCUCAUCGGCGUUAACCCAUGGCCCUCAGGUCCACUCGGUAAAAAAGCCGUCAAGGCGCACUACAGUGCUUUCGAGGUGUCUGAGGCACCUGUCUACAAGCAUAUUGACGAGGAUGCUGCCAAAGCCCAAGCGUCCCUGAACGGAACCCUCCAUUUAGAUUCGUUCGAAGCCUAUUUCAAGCUAUACGAUGGCCAGUGGCAGAACAGCGUUCCAGAUGGGCUUGCUGAAGGAGUCCUCCGCAAUGCCAAGUCCGAUCUGUCGUUUUCCAUGGAGCGGCUCUCUGUACACCCCGAAAGCCUACGACGAGUCAGACCAGAUGAGCGAGUAGCCCUACGUAUCGACGACAAGCUUGCAGGGAAGAUCACAACAAAAACUCAGCGCUCUCUCCAGAAAGAAGGACGCCUAUUUAUUGUGGAUCACAGCAAUCUGGCGAACCUGACUUUGACAAAAGGUCGCUACGCUGGCGCUUGUGAGGCGCUGUUCUUCAUUCAUCCUGUCUCACAAGACUUCUUACCACUGGCCAUUCGUCCCAACAAUGGCUCGCCUCUGGUAUACACUCCUCUCGAUGCUGACAAUGACUGGACUCUAGCCAAGAUACUGCUCAACAUGAAUGAUGUUUGGCAUAAUCAGUGGUAUCACCUAGCCUCAUCUCACAUCUCUUCCGACCUCGUCUACAUGUCGGCUACUCGGUCAUUCAGUGACAUGCACCCGAUCUGGGGUCUGAUCCGUCGCCUGGGCGUCAAUUCUUUCGCAUACCGCGUGGGAGCUAGCGUGUCUCUCGUUAAUCCCGGCGGCGACAUCGAGAAGAACUUUGCUUGGAACGGUGACCAGGCAAUCAAGUACAGUAAACAGGUCUGGCAGUCUGAAUGUGCUCCCUGGCAGGCGAAUCAUCUUGAAACGAAGCUCACCCGGCGGGGUUUGAUAAACUGCGAUUACGGUCCUGAGUUCAAGUCAUUUCCCUACUACGACGAUGCUUCAGUCAUCCUAGGUGCUCUGCGGACUUUCAUCACCGCGUAUGUUGACGCAUAUUACCCAUCGGACGAUGCAAUCACCGCGGAUAACGAGCUCGUCGCAUGGUUUCAUGAAGCAGCUCAUGCCGCCUCCAUAGUGGAUUUUCCUGACUCCAUCUCUACUAAAUCAGAACUGGUCGCGGUACUCACCCAUCACGCGUAUCUCAUCUCGAUCCUUCAUGGAUCGCUAAAUAGCAAUAGUCUUGUGCAUUACAGUGCCGUUUUGCCGAUGCACCCACUGUCGCUCUAUCAGCCGCUGCCAAAGGACAAGGGCAUCUCUAGCCUCGUAUCAUUUCUCCCAGACCUAGAUGCCUCGUUACAGCAGAUUGAGCUUGUUACAGCGUUCAACCAAGCACAGAUGGCUAAUACUGCUGAUUCACUUCGUUUUCUUUUUAACGAACCUGAGUUCCAUGCCAGGAUCAACAAGGAGGCCCGUGCAGCUGCCAAAGUGUAUUCAGACACUUUAUCCGAGUUCAGUAAAGCCGUCAAAGGGAGAAAGCUUGGAGAGGAUGGGCUUAGUCUGGGAAUGCCGUUUGUAUGGAAUGUUUUUGAUCCGAGCACGGCACCUGGUAUCCUUGCCGCCUAA